CUGUUGUAUAUGCCAAAGAUAUAAAAAGAGAAUCUACAAGAACCAUUCAAACAUUGGAUAUUACAGUUAACAACAAGAAACAACUUGCAAUAUACUAUAAACACAUGUCACAAUUACUAGCAGAUAUACUUAUUCUAAUUAUUACUAUAAUUGUUGUAAUACUUAUAUUAGCCUCAAUAGAAAUUGUUGGAAUUUAUACACAGAAGCAAAAGAGAAAACACAAUCAAGAACCAAUAGAUUAUACCGCAGACACUUAA